GGAGUUCCAACUUAUGUUACAGUGACGUUGCGUCAUUGCGCAUACUGUUGCUUUGCUCAUAAAAAGUUCCUCACGUUUGGCUUCAAUAUCAGUCACUUUUGUUUCAUAGUGCGCUCGUAGUUGCUGCAAGUGCAUCUUUUCUCUUGUCCUCUUAUAAUUGUCCAAUUGCAUUGAUUUUAAAUAAAAUCUUGUGCGCUUUUAUUACUCUCUGUUCAGGACAAAGCGCCAAAAAUAUGGCUGAGACGGUGAAUGAAGCACAGCCGGAGAAGCCGAUCCAUGAGCUCUUGACUCAUGCCUUAGUAGAUGUUUACGUCGGAUCAAACAACACGCACUGGGUUCUACAUGAGAAAUUGCUCUGCUAUCGGUCCACGUUCUUCUCUUCAAUCUUCUACAAGAAAGGUGCCACUUCUUCGAGCAGCAAGAUAUUUGGGCUUCCGGAUGAAGAAGACGCUCCUUUUCGCUUGUUCGUUGGCUGGCUUUACAGUUCCAACGUCCCUACCCCAGAGAAGGAAGAAGACUUGACUGAUCUGUACGACCUCUACCUCAUGGGAGAAAAAUGGAGCAUAGCAGCACUCGUGAAAGACGUCCUGAACGCAAUACGUCGCUUCUAUCGCACUACUGACUCGUACCCCAGCCUUAGGCGGGUUCAAUACAUAUAUGCCAACACAACAGCUGACUCCCCUUUGCGUCAGCUACUCGUGGGCAGCAUAGCCCGGAUGCUUGUUGUUAGUAAAAGUGGCAUCCCGGAUCACUGGGGCAAGGCUCUUGUUAAGAACGGUCAGCUUGCUGUGGAUCUCAUUAGGUCGAUGCAAGAGUGGAACGUUGCUGGUGAAGCCGUUCCGGAUCCCAGGGUGGAAGCCACGAAAGCCGAACAAAAGAAGGUUGAAGUAGUAGAGAGGCUCGAGAAAAAGCAGGAAGGUAAAGCGCAAGAGAUUACCAAUGGCCUCGAAGUAAGAGAUCGAAGCCCUACUAACCUUGCUCAAGACAACGACUCAGAGAGCACCCUGCACGAAUAAGAAUUAUGCGCGACUUUUCCACCGUUACUGUUGUCCGGUUCCGAACACAGAACCAGGGAAGUCGUUGCUUUGUUUGCCUUUUGAAACACCAGCCCACAACAUACAAUUCCCUUCUAGGCUUCAACGAUAUUAAGCUAGCUAGCGUUAACAAUGGUUCUUGCUUGUCUUCGCUAUCAGGCGUUGGUGUUUUAAAUGUCCAGUCAGAAAGUUCGUAAGGAGUAUAUCGUUGUUGUUCUCUGUUAAAAAGCACGCAGCGUUCCAUUUGGUCACGGUGCGGCCUCAUUGGACGAGCGUUCCGCGAUACUUGGAUGCUGAAGCUAUGCAGUCGUUGCUACUGGAGAUGCGUAAGAUUGCUUUUGAACAGGACUUAAUCGUGAAAAACAGUUUUACAACUUGUAAUUUAGCAAUGAAAGUGAAAAAAAGUUUGGACGCCACAUUCACCCGAAUAUAUAAGGCAGGUGCUCUAUGCGGCGAUCUGUAGUGUACCAAAAUCAUAUGUCAUAGAAC